CCUAAAGCGUCAUCUUUGUGUCACGAAGAACUACACGAGCCGGGUUUCUUCUCUCCCUGAUUUUUUACCCUUUCUCUUUAUUUCAUCCGGAAAUAUGCAGAAAAUGGGCAAACUAAAUUCGUCGAUCGAUAUUAUCCCGCUACAAGGAUCAAGUGGAGAUUACAGAUCGAGAGUUGUAAAUAAUAAGCACAGGAUGGAUCAAAGGCUAUUUCGGGAUCAAUCAUUGAUCGGUCGCGUGCAAACGUACAUGCACGAAAAUGAAAAUAAGGUAUACAUCGAUGUAAACGAAAUGGCAGAUGCGUUGCAAAGACGAUACAAGGAUUAUCGUGGUAAAAAACGCGGAGCGUUUCGCGCAAUGGUACGCAAGGCUUACGACGAGCUUACAGAGAUAUUCUCGAGGAAGCCUUCUACACGUGAAUGCUCUACGUAUGACGACGACGAUGACGACGACGACGAAGAUUUCGAAGAUGUAGACGUCGAGUCAGAUACACAACGUUCUUCGAUAGGUGAUAUGUUAUUACAAAUGUAUAAGAAAGCUCAAUUCAAACAGAAUGGAAACUCGAGUGAUAAAGAAUUGAUAGAUAUCAGUAGCGAUGACGAUGUUGCCAAAGUCGAUUCCAAGGAUGAGAAAGAUGUGAUGACACCUGAGGCUGGUGCUACUGUAGUCAAAGAAUCUUCUCAACAUAUAGCUCCAAAAGUGGAAACAACUAGUCUGGCCAAGCCAGAAACAACCACCAUAAUGCAGGAAGCAGUUGCAGUAAAGCAACUAGAUGACAUGAUUACCUCAAAAAAACCAGAGACACCUCUAAAAUCAAAAUUGCCCAUGAAUGAAGUUGUGAAACAGUCAUCAGUGCCAGAAAAUACGAGAAAGCGACAAAGGGACAAGGAAAAUGGACAAUUUUCAAUCGCAAAGAAAGCAAAAAUUGUACCCAUCAUAGAAUCAAAAAUUACAUUCUCUGAUGUAGGAGGCAGCGACAAAAUUUUAAAAGUUGUCUGUAAAUUAUUAGCUCAUAUGAAACAUCCUGAAAUCUUCAAACAGUUUGGUAUAUCUCCACCAAGGGGAUUUUUACUUCACGGACCACCUGGGUGUGGAAAAACAUUAUUGGCACAUGCAAUUGCGGGAGAAUUAAAUAUGCCACUGCUAAAAGUGGCAGGACCUGAACUUGUGACUGGAGUGUCUGGUGAAAGUGAAGCGCGUAUCAGGGAAUUAUUUGAACAAGCUUUAACUCUUGCACCAUGUGUUGUUUUUUUGGAUGAGAUAGAUGCUGUCACGCCACAUAGAGCUACAGCUCAAAGAGAAAUGGAAAGAAGAAUUGUUGCACAAUUAUUAUCAAGUUUAGAUGAAUUAAAUCUUAAUGAAAAUGGAGACAGAGUGUUGGUAAUUGGUGCGACAAAUCGACCAGAUUCAUUAGAUCCUGCUUUAAGAAGAGCAGGACGUUUUGAUCGUGAAGUGUGCCUUGGAAUACCAGAUAGAGAAGCAAGGGCUAGGAUUUUAGCGGUGCAUACUGAGAAAGUUGUAUUGGCUCCUAAUGUUAGUUUAUCGACAAUAGCUUCUCUUACUCCAGGUUUUGUAGGUGCAGAUUUAGUUGCUUUAAUUAGGGAGUCUGCUAUGGUUGCUGUAGACAGAGUAUUUGAGAGUCUAAAUAGAUCGAAACAGGAAGAAAAAUCAUCUGAAGUAACCAAAAAUGAGAAGCAAGUUGAUGAAGAAAUUAAAAUCACCAAAAAUUCAGAAAAUUUAAUUGACAAUAGUGUUGUGGCAGAAGCUUCUACUACGAUUGGGAACGAUCUUGUGUUUCCAAAAGAAGUAUCCAAAAGUCCGAUCUCAGGAAUUGCCGAAAUGGAUGUAAUACAGGAACAUUCUGCAGAUUUGUCAACUUUACUAGCUUGGUUACGUACCGAACCACCGCUUUCUCCGGAACGUCUCUCGACCUUGUGCAUCGAACACAAUGAUUUUGAGACUGCUUUACGGAUUGUUCAACCUUCAGCGAAAAGAGAAGGAUUCGCGACAGUUCCCGAUGUAACCUGGGAUGAUGUUGGCUCACUGCGAAACAUACGGCAAGAAUUGCAAAUGACAAUUCUUGCUCCUGUCAAACAUUCUGAACACUUUAAUAAUUUGGGUUUGACAGUUGGCAGUGGAGUGUUAUUGUGCGGUCCACCUGGAUGUGGAAAAACAUUAUUGGCCAAAGCUGUCGCCAAUGAAGCUGGAAUUAAUUUUAUUUCUGUUAAAGGACCUGAACUUUUAAACAUGUAUGUUGGCGAAAGUGAAAAAGCAGUUCGUCAAUGUUUCUUAAGAGCAAGAAAUUCCAUGCCUUGCGUCAUAUUUUUUGAUGAGAUAGAUGCAUUGUGUCCUAAAAGAACGGAAGGCGAUAAUUCAGCGACAGCACGCGUCGUUAAUCAAAUGCUUACAGAAAUGGACGGCGUGGAAGGCCGGCAAGGAGUAUUUCUUAUGGCGGCUAGUAAUCGACCUGAUAUUAUAGAUCCAGCUGUAUUGAGGCCAGGAAGACUGGAUAAAAUUUUAUAUGUUGGUCUUCCGAAUGCUUCAGAUAGGGUGGACAUUUUGCAUGCAGUAACAAAGAAUGGAACGAAACCAAAACUUGCCUCAGAUGUGGAUCUGAAUCAAGUGGCAUAUGACAAUAGAUGUGAGGGCUACACCGGUGCAGAUUUAGCAGCUUUAAUAAGAGAGGCUGGUAUGGAAGCAUUAAAAGAAAUCAUAGCUGGUUAUGGACAAGCAGAAAUUUCAAUGAGACACAUUAUUCAGGCAUUUGAUAAAGUGCAACCAUCUGUUCGCGAGAAAGAUAUUAAACAAUAUGAAAAGUUAAGCAAUUUGUAUUCGGGUAGAAAGAAUCCUGAAGUUACACCAAUGGACACGCCAGUAGAUGCUCCAAUUGUUGACGUAAUCAUGGAGCCAAUGGAAACUUAAGUACAAUUAUUACAAAUCUGUAAGAAUCAUGCUAAAGUAUUCUUCCGAUACCAAGAAUCACGUAAAUUUUUACAUAAAAGACAAAAGGCGUUCCUACAAUAUUUAAAUUUUCUUUCCGCCAUCUAGGUUUAAAAUAAUAUGUGGUUUUACUAUUGGCUACAUUAAUAAUUAAUAAUAAUGAACAUAACAAAUAAAGAACUGUUGUCUCUUUUCUGACGAUUUAUUAUUGUUUCAAGAUAUAGUUGAUACAAUCAGUUAAAAUCUCGUUAGUUUUUCUGUGAAUAAAUACAGAAAAUAUAGAUAACUUUAAUAUUAAAAGAUCUACAAGAUUUUCAUCAAUCAAUAAAACUUUAUAUUUUAUCACAUUAAUAACGUUUAACAAUUUUUUUAAUUAUAUGUAGGAUUAUGUGUACAAAUAAAUGUUUUAAGAUAAAAUCAA